CCCGGGCACCGCGGGAUGGCGCGCGCUCCGGGCCGGGCGCCGUCGUCCUCACGGCCCCUGCUCACCCUGUCGCUGCUGCUGCUGCUGCUGCCGAGGAGGUCGCCCGGCUGGGGCGCGGUGGCGCAGGACCCUCGGGCAAACGGGCUCAGCCUGCACCCGCCCUACUUCAACCUGGCCCAGGCAGCGAGAAUCUGGGCCAGCGCUACCUGCGGGGAGCGGGGCCCGGGGGGCGCCAGGCCCCGUCCUGAGCUCUACUGCAAGCUGGUGGGCGGCCCCACCGCACCGGGCAGCGGCCACACCAUCCAGGGCCAGUUCUGUGACUACUGUAAUUCGGAGGAUUUCAGGAAGGCUCAUCCGGCCACCCACGCGAUCGAUGGGUCAGAACGGUGGUGGCAAAGCCCGCCUCUCUCCUCAGGCACACAGUACAACAGAGUCAACCUCACCUUGGAUCUGGGUCAGCUCUUCCAUGUGGCCUAUGUUUUAAUCAAAUUCGCAAAUUCUCCCCGCCCUGAUCUUUGGGUCCUGGAAAGAUCUGUAGACUUUGGAAACACCUACUCUCCGUGGCAGUAUUUUGCUCAUUCUAGAGGAGAUUGUCUAGAACAGUUUGGGCAAGAAGCAAACAUGGCCAUCACCCGGGACGACCAGGUGCUCUGUGUCACAGAGUAUUCCCGGAUCGUGCCUCUGGAAAAUGGUGAGGUUGUUGUAUCCUUGAUAAAUGGUCGCCCAGGUGCAAAAAAUUUCACUUUCUCUGACACCCUGAGGGAGUUUACUAAGGCAACAAACAUCCGCUUGCGGUUUCUGCGAACCAACACCCUCCUUGGGCAUCUUAUCUCCAAGGCAGAACGAGACCCCACUGUCACCCGUCGGUAUUAUUACAGCAUAAAGGACAUCAGCAUUGGUGGGCGGUGCGUCUGCCACGGCCAUGCCGACCGGUGCCACUCGGACAACCCCGAGAAACAGUUCCGAUGUGAAUGUCAGCACCACACCUGCGGGGAGACGUGCAACCGCUGCUGUGCAGGCUACAACCAGAGGCGCUGGCAGCCCGCUGCUCCGAAGCAGCAGAAUGAGUGUGAAGCCUGCAACUGCCAUGGCCAUGCCGUGGACUGUUACUAUGACUCAGAUGUGGAGCAGCAGCAGGCAAGCCUGAACUCCGAAGGCAUCUAUUCAGGUGGAGGAGUCUGCAUCAACUGUCAGCACAACACGGCGGGUGUGAACUGUGAAAAGUGUGCAGAGGGUUACUACCGGCCUGAUGGAGUUCCUGUGGACGCCCUCCAUGGAUGCAUCCCUUGCAGCUGUGAUCCUGAGCGUGCAGAUGGCUGUGAACAGGGCUCAGGCCGCUGUCACUGCAAGCCGAAUUUCUCCGGAGACACCUGUGGAACGUGUGCAGAAGGGUACUAUAAUUUCCCAUUUUGCUUGAGAAUUCCAGUCUCUCCUGUUUAUACUCUGAGCCCAGAGGACCCAAUAGCUGGCAAUAUAAAAGGGUGUGACUGCAACUUGGAAGGCGUUCUCCCAGAAAUCUGUGACGAUCGCGGCAGGUGCCUGUGCCGCCCUGGGGUUGAGGGCGUCCAGUGUGACUCCUGCCGCCAGGGCUCCUAUUCCUUCCCAAUAUGCCAAGCUUGCCAGUGCUCGACCAUUGGAUCCUAUCCGGUACCCUGCGACCCGCUGACUGGCCAGUGUGAAUGCCUGCCUGGAAUAGCAGGAAAGCAGUGUGACAGGUGUCUCUCGGGAGCCUACGACUUUCCCUACUGCCAAGGGUCCAACGGUGUUUGUGACCCAGCUGGGACCGCUGACUCCAGCCUGGGUUAUUGCCAGUGCAAGCUCCAUGUUGAGAGUCCUACAUGCAGUGUCUGCAAACCAUUAUAUUGGAAUCUGGCCAAAGAAAACCCCAGAGGAUGUUCAGAAUGCCAGUGCCAUGAGGCAGGGACAGUGAGCGGAAUUGGAGAGUGUGGACAGGAAGAUGGCGACUGCAGCUGCAAAGCCCACGUGACUGGGGACGCCUGUGACACCUGCCAAGAUGGGUAUUUCUCUUUGGAGAAGAGCAGUUAUUUUGGCUGUCAAGGGUGUCAGUGUGACAUCGGUGGAGCGCUCACCACCAUGUGUAGUGGGCCUUCGGGAGUGUGCCAGUGCCGAGAGCACGUUGUGGGGAAAGAGUGCCAGAGGCCUGAAAAUUACUACUAUUUCCCGGAUCUGCACCACAUGAAGCAUGAGGCUGAAGAUGGCACUGGACCCAGUGGAAGAGAUCUGCGGUUUGGAUUUGAUCCCCUGGUAUUCCCUGAGUUUAGCUGGAGAGGAUAUGUCCCAAUGACCGCAGUCCAGAAUGAAGUCAGCAUAAGAUUGGCUGUGAGGAAGUCAAAUCUCUCCUUGUUCCGAAUUAUUCUGAGAUACAUCAACCCUGGGAUGAAAGACGUAUCUGGCCGCAUCACUGUUUACCCAUCCUGGGCAAAAUCAGAUGCUUCUCAGAGCAAAGAGAUCACCUUUCCCCCGAGUAAGGAGCCAGCCUUUGUCACAGUCCCUGGAAAUGGCUUCGCAGACCCGUUCUCCAUGAUGCCAGGGACAUGGAUUGCUUGCGUCCAGGUGGAAGGAAUCCUUCUGGAUUACCUGGUGCUGCUCCCCAGGGACUACUACGAAGCGCUCGCCCUGCAAGUGCCAGUCACAGAACCGUGUACCCACACCGGUUCCCCCCACGACAAUUGUUUGCUUUACCAGCAUUUACCAGUGACCAGAUUCUCCUGUACCCUGGCUUGUGAGGCCAGACACUUCCUGCUUGAUGGGGAACGGAGACCCUUGGCAAUGAGGCAGCCCACUCCUGCACAUCCAGCCAUGGUGGACCUCAGCGGAAGAGAGGUGGAGCUGCGCCUGCGCCUCCGGGUCCCACAGAUGGGCCACUAUGUGGUCAUGCUGGAGUAUGCCACAGAGGUGGACCAGCUUUCCAUGGUGGGUGUGAGGCUGAGGAGCCCAGGGUCUGCCUCGGCAGGCCAGGUGAGCAUAUACAGCUGCAAGUACAGCAUUCUGUGCAGGAGCGUGGUGAUUGACAGUCUGAGUCGGACGGCCGUGUACGAGCUAUUAGCAGAUACAGACAUUCAGCUCACCGGGAACACGGCCCAUUUCCUUCUGUAUCACAUUUGUAUUAUACCCAUUGAAGAAUUCUCAACUGACUAUUUGAGACCUCAAGUCCACUGUAUUGCCAGCUAUGGGCCGCUUGCCAGUUCAAGCGCCUCCUGUGUCUCCCUGGCCCACGAAACUCCUCCAACAGCCUUAAUUUUGGAUGCAACAAGUGGGGGCCCUUUCUCUCUCCUACCUCAGGAGCCUUCCUCCCCUGCAGAUGUCACUAAUGGAGUUACUCUGAAGGCCCCACAGAAUCAAGUAACCCUGAGAGGAUUCGUACCACACUUGGGCCGACACGUCUUUGUCAUCCAUUUCUAUCAAGUGGAACACCCGAGUUUCCCCACAGAGGUGUUUGUGGAUGGAGGAGGACAGUGGUCAGGUUCCUUUCCUGCCUCCUUUUGUCCCCAUCUGCUUGGCUGCCGGGACCAAGUGAUGGCUGACGGCCAGGUGGAGUUUGACAUCUCAGAAGCAGAGGUGGCUGUGACGGUGAAGAUUCCAGAGGGAAAGUCUUUGACGUUGGUCCGGGUUCUAGUGGUGCCCGCAGAAAAUUAUGACUACCAGAUACUUCACAAAACAUCAGUGGACAAGUCCUUCGAGUUCAUCAGCAGUUGUGGAGGAGACAGUUUUCAUAUUGAUCCCCAGGCAGCCUCUGAAUUCUGUAAGAACUCCGCAAGGUCCCUGGUAGCCUUCUACCAUAAUGGUGCCCUGCCCUGUGAGUGCCACCCUGCUGGGGCCGCCAGCCGCCACUGCAGUCCUGAGGGCGGGCAGUGCCUUUGCCGGCCCAAUGUCAUCGGGAGGCAGUGCACCCGCUGUGCAACAGGCUACUAUGGAUUCCCGCGCUGCCAACCCUGUAGCUGUGGCAGACGCCUGUGUGAAGAGGUGACGGGAAAGUGUCUCUGCCCACCCCGCACAGUCCGGCCCCAGUGUGAGGUCUGUGAGAGGAAUUCCUUCAACUUUCACCCUCUGGCUGGCUGUGAGGUGUGCAACUGCUCCAGGAAGGGCACCAUCGAGGGGGCCAUCUCUGCAUGUGACAGGGACAGCGGGCAGUGCAGGUGCAAGCCUGGAAUCACAGGGCUUCGGUGUGACAAGUGUGCUCCUGGUUUCUACAAGUUCCCCGAGUGCGUCCCCUGCAGUUGUAACAGAGACGGGAGUGAGCCUCAAGUGUGUGACCCGGGGACUGGCGCUUGCUUAUGCAAGGAAAAUGUGGAAGGCCCAGAGUGUCAAGUGUGUCAGGCUGGAUCGUUCUACCUGGACGCUGCCAACCCAAAGGGUUGCACCAGAUGCUUCUGUUUUGGAGUGAGCACUGACUGUCAAAGUUCACAUAAGCAGAGAGCUAAGUUUGUAGACAUGACGGGGUGGCGUCUGGAGACAGCAGAUGGAGCUGAAGUCCCUGUGUCCUUCAACCCGGGAAGCAACAGCAUGGUGGCUGAUCUGCAGGAGCUGCUGUCGGCCGUCCGCAGUGCAUCCUGGGUGGCUCCUCCAUCCUACCUCGGCGACAAGGUUUCCUCAUACGGCGGCUUCCUCGCCUACCAGGCCAAGUCCUUUGGCCUGCCUGCAGACAUGGUUCUUCUGGAAAAGCAGCCAGAUGUGUGGCUCACUGGCCAGCACAUGUCCAUCGUCCAUACGGAGCCCAGCGACCCUCGGCCAGACAGGCUGCAUCACGGGAAGGUACAAGUGCUUGAGGGGAACUUCAGGCACGCAGGCAGCAGCGCCCCGGUGUCCCGAGAGGAGCUGAUGACCGUGCUGUCCCGGCUGGAAGGGCUGCACAUCCGGGGCCUCCACUUCACGGAGACACAGAGGCUCACCCUGGGUGAGGUAGGGCUGGAGGAGGCCUCUGACGCAGGCAGCGGACCCCGGGCUCACCUGGUGGAGAUGUGUGCCUGUCCCCCUGACUACACGGGUGACUCAUGUCAGGGUUGUCGCCCUGGAUACUAUCGGGACAAAAGCUUGCCUGCUGGAAGGUGUGUUCCCUGCAAUUGCAAUGGACACUCAAAUCGCUGCCAGGAUGGCUCGGGAAUGUGCAUUAACUGCCAGCACAACACAGCUGGGGAGCACUGUGAGCGCUGCCAGGAGGGUCACUAUGGAAACGCCAUCCACGGAUCCUGUAGCGUCUGCCCCUGCCCUCAUACCAACAGUUUUGCCACUGGCUGUGCUGUGGAAGGAGGACAUGUGAGGUGUGCCUGCAAACCCGGAUACACAGGAGCACAGUGUGAGAGGUGUGCACCCGGAUAUUUUGGGAAUCCCCAGAAAUUUGGAGGCAGCUGCCAACCAUGCAAUUGUAAAAACGAUGGCCAGUUAGGCACUUGUGACCCUCUAACUGGAGACUGUGUAAGCCAAGAACCCAAAGAUGGCAGCCCUGCAGAAGAAUGCGAUGAUUGUGACAGCUGUGUGACGACGCUCCUGAAUGACUUGGCCUCCAUGGGUGAGGAGCUCCGCCUAGCGAAGGCAAAGCUGCAGGGCCUGAGAGUGAGCACUGGCGCUCUAGAGCAGAUCCGGCACAUGGAGAUGCAGGCCAAGGACCUGAGGGGCCAGCUGCUUGGCUUCCGCUCUGCCAUCUCAAAUCAUGGGUCCAAAAUAGACAGCCUGGAAAAAGAACUGAGUCAUCUGAACCGCGAAUUUGAAACUUUGCAAGAAAAGGCGCAAGUAAAUUCCAGAAGAGCACAAACAUUAUACAACAACAUAGGUCAGACAACCCAAAGCGCCAAAGAACUAGACAUGAAGAUUAAAAACGUCGUCCAGAAUGUGCACAUUCUCCUGAAGCAGAUCGCAAGGCCAGGUGGAGAGGGAACGGAGCUGCCAGUGGGCGGCUGGUCCAGGGAGCUGGCGGAAGCCCAGCGCAUGAUGCGGGAGCUGCGAGGCCGGGACUUCAAACAGCACCUCAGAGAAGCAGAGGCUGAGAAAAGAGAAGCCCAGCUCCUGCUGAACCGCAUCAGGGCCUGGCUGGAAACCCACCAGGUGGAGAGCAACGGGCUGCUGAAGAAUAUCCGGGAUUCGCUAAGUGAUUACGAAGCCAGACUUCAGGACCUGCGCGCCCUCCUCCAGGAGGCAUCUGCCCAGGCAAAGCAGGCUGCCGGCCUCAACCAGGACAAUGAGGGGGUGCUGGGAACCAUCCAGAGACAAAUGAAAGAAAUAAACUCCCUGAAGAAUGACUUCGCCAAGUACCUGGCCACGGCAGACUCCUCCCUGCUGCAGACCAACAACCUACUGCAGCAGAUGGACAGAAGCCAGAAGGAAUAUGAAACCUUAGCUGCUGCUUUAAAUGGAGCAAGGCAGGAACUAAGUGACAAAGUGCGAGAACUUUCCAGAUCGGCCGGCAAAACGUCCCUGGUGGUGGAGGCAGAGAAGCAUGCGCAGUCAUUACAGGAGCUGGCAAAGCAGCUGGAAGAGAUAAAGAGAAACGCCAGUGGGGACGAGCUGGUGCGCCGUGCUGUGGACGCCGCCACAGCCUAUGAGAACAUCCUCAGUGCCAUCGCAGCCGCAGAGGACGCAGCCAACAAGGCCGCCAGUGCCUCGGAGUCCGCCUUCCAGACAGUGAUAAAGGAAGAUCUUCCAAGAAGAGCCAAGACCCUGAGUUCUGACAGUGAUGAACUGUUAAAUGAAGCCAAGAUCACACAGAAAAAGCUACAGCAAGAAGUCCGUCCAGCUCUCAGAAGCCUGCAGAAAACCCUGAAGACUGUGUCGGUCCAGAGAGACCUGCUCGAUGCCAACCUCACCGCUGUCCGUGAUGAUCUUCGUGGGAUACAGAGAGGUGAUAUCGACAGUGCGAUCAGCGGUGCGAGGAGCACGGUCAGGAAGGCCAAUGGGAUAACAAGCGAGGUUCUCGAUGGGCUCAGCCCCAUCCAGACAGAUUUGGGAAGAAUUAAGGACAGCUAUGGGAGCACCCGGCGUGAAGACUUCAACAAGGCUCUGAGUGAUGCCAAUAACUCAGUAAAGAAAUUAACCAGGAAGCUGCCUGAUCUUUUUGUCAAGAUUGAAAGUAUCAACCAACAGUUGCUGCCUCUGGGAAACAUCUCUGACAAUGUAGACCGAAUCCGAGAACUCAUCCAGCAGGCCAGAGACGCUGCGAAUAAGGUUGCGAUUCCCAUGAGGUUCAAUGGUAAAUCCGGCGUCGAAGUCCGGCUGCCAAACGACCUGGAAGACUUGAAAGGAUACACGUCCCUGUCUUUGUUUCUCCAAAGACCUGACUUAAGAGAGAACGGGGGCACCGAGGACAUGUUUGUGAUGUACCUCGGAAAUAAGGAUGCCUCCAAGGACUACAUAGGCAUGGCAGUUGUAGACGGCCAGCUGACAUGUGUCUACAACCUGGGAGAUCGAGAAGCCGAAGUCCAGAUAGACCAGGUGCUGACGGAGAGCGAGACGCAGGAGGCGGUCAUGGACAGGGUGAAGUUCCAGAGAAUUUAUCAGUUCGCAAAGCUUAAUUACACCAAAGAAGCCACAUCCAAUAAGCCCAAGGCUCCCGGGGUCUAUGACCUGGAUGGCGGCAGCAGCAACACGCUCCUCAAUCUGGACCCUGAGAACGCCGUGUUUUAUGUUGGAGGCUACCCGCCGGAUUUUCAGCUUCCUAGCAGACUGAGGUUCCCUCCCUACAAGGGCUGCAUCGAGCUAGAUGACCUCAACGAAAACGUCCUGAGCCUGUACAACUUCAAGACAACGUUCUAUCUCAACACCACCGAGGUGGAACCGUGCAGGAGGAGAAAGGAAGAGUCGGACAAAAAUUACUUUGAAGGGACAGGCUAUGCUCGCAUUCCCACUCAGCUUAACGCUCCCUUCCCGAACUUCAUCCAGACUAUCCAGACUACUGUGGACAGAGGCUUGCUCUUCUUCGCCGAGAACCAGGACAACUUCAUAUCCCUGAUUAUAGAAGACGGCAAUCUCAUGGUGAGAUACAAACUGAAUUCAGAGCCACCCAAAGAGAAAGGAAUUCAAAACACCAUCAACGACGGGAAAGACCAUUUGAUUUCAAUCACAAUUGGAAAAGCACAGAAACGCAUGUUGAUAAAUAUGAAUGACCAUAAUAUAAGAAUCGAAGGGGAAAUAUUUGAUUUCGGCACGUAUUAUUUGGGAGGAAUUCCGAUUGCAAUCAGAGAAAGGUUUAACAUCUCCACACCUGCUUUCCAAGGCUGCAUGAGGAACCUGAAGAAAACCAGUGGUGUGGUCAGGCUGAACGACACCGUGGGUGUGACCAAAAAGUGCUCUGAAGACUGGAAGCUCGUGCGAACGGCCUCAUUCUCCAGCGGAGGACAGAUGAGUUUUACAAACCUGGACGUGCCCUUGCCUGACCGCUUCCAGCUCUCCUUUGGGUUUCAGACCUUUGAGCCCAGUGGGACACUGCUCCAUCAUCAGACGCGGACGAGUAGCCUGCAGGUCAGCCUGGACGACGGCCACGUUGAGCUGAGCACUAGGGACAGCAGUGGCCCCAUUUUCAAGUCCCCACAGACCUACAUGGAUGGCUUACUGCAUCACGUGUCUGUGAUAAGCGACACCUCAGGCCUCCGCCUUCUCAUCGACGACCAGGCUCUGAGAAGGAACCAGAGGCUGCCCAGCUUCUCCAACGCCCAGCAGUCUCUCCGCCUGGGAGGCGGUUACUUUGAGGGUUGCAUCAGCAAUGUUUUUGUCCAGAGGUUUUCACAAAGUCCAGAAGUCUUGGACUUGGUCAGUAAAUCUACCAAGAGGGAUGCAUCCCUGGGAGGCUGCAGUUUAAACAAACCACCUUUUCUUAUGCUAUUUAAAGGCCCCAAGGCACUUAACAAAGCCAGGAUUUUCAAUGUCAAUCAGCUGCUGCAGGAUGCGCCUCAGGCCCCCAGGAGCAUGGAGGCUUGGCAAGACGGGAAGUCCUGCCUGUCACCUCUCAGUGUCAAGGCCACUCACGGAGCCCUCCAGUUCGGGGACAGUCCCACUAGCCACCUGCUAUUCAAGCUGCCCCAGGAGUUGCUGAAAUCUAGGUCACAGUUUUCUUUGGACAUUCAGACAACAUCCUCCAAAGGUCUGGUGUUUUACACAGGCACCAAGGACUCCUUCAUGACUCUUUAUAUCUCAGAAGGACGUCUUGUCUUUGCUGUGGGGGCCGACCGGAAGAAACUGAGGCUCAGGAGCAAGGAGCGAUACCGAGAUGGGAAGUGGCACACGGUGGUGUUCGGAGUAAGUGGAGGAAAGGUGCGCUUGGUUGUGGAUGGGCUAAGGGCCCAGGAAGUCAGUCUGCCUGGAAAUUCUACCAUCAGCCACAAAGCACAGGUUUACCUGGGGUUACCACUGUCAAGAAAGUCAAAGAGCCUUCCCCAACACAGUUUUGUGGGGUGCCUGAGGAACUUCCAGUUGGACUCAAAACCCCUGGACUCCCCCUCUGCGAGGUUUGGGGUGUCUCCCUGCCUGGGUGGCUCUCUGGAGAAAGGCAUUUACUUCUCCCAAGGAGGAGGCCAUGUGGUCCUAGCCAAUUCUGUGUCCUUGGUGCCAGAGCUUAAGCUUAUUUUCAGCAUUCGCCCGAGGAGUCUCACUGGGAUCUUAAUACACAUCGGAAGUCAAUUUGGACAGCACUUGAGUGUUUACAUGGAGGCGGGAAAGGUCACGGCCUCUCUGGACAGUGAGGCUGGUGGGACCUUGACGUCAAUCACACCAAAGCAGUCCCUGUGUGACGGACAGUGGCACUCAGUGGCAGUCUCCAUUAAAGAGCACAUCCUGCACCUGGAACUGGACACAGACAACAGCUACACCGCUGGUCAGCUUUCCUUCCCCCCUAACAAUACCCGAGGGUCGCUGCACAUUGGAGGUGUCCCACACAAAUUGAAAAUGCCCAUGCUCCCUGUAUGGAACUCAUAUUUUGGCUGUCUGAAGAAUCUUCAGGUCAACCACGUCCCUGUCCCCAUCACAGAAGCCACAGAAGCCCAGGGUUCUGUCAGCCUGAAUGGCUGCCCUGACCACUAACCCUACACAGCAGGAGAAGUCACCUUUGGAAGUGCCGAGAGCCAGGAUCUCCCUCCCCCAUUCAAAAUCAUCAAGGCACCACUGGCACACUUUUAAAAGCCAGUCUCGUUUUGAAGCCAACCGCACAGACCCAUCAUUUUGUCAUUCAGUGCGACACAUGUAUUUUAUAUAAAAAUCCUAUUUCUUGAAGAAAAUGAACAAAUUGUUAUUCAGACGUGCACACAAUGCUCUUGUUAAUAUUAUUUUUCCCACUAAGAAUUAAAUGCCUUUCAGAGAA